CAAAUCCCUGCAGUCUCCCGACAGAGGAGUAAUGGUAAACCUGGUUGGCAGACAAAAUUGAUAUAUCCCCCGGGCACCAGCACCCGCUUGAGCACAUACGAAUGGGGGACCAACCACCUCGCCGGACCCGCUCACCAUCCUACGGUGUCUGUAACCACUGACCAUCAGGCAGAACUCGCCAUCUCCCAGGCUCACGCUCGGGAAGAUGGGAGCAAUCGGCGCAGCGAACACCCCACACGGGCUCUGGAAAAGUCCCGACGAGAGGGAACAGAAGAAAUCACUGCCACCACGGUAACCGGGAGGCUACCAAAACUCACCCCCCUAACGACACACAAAGAAUCAGCAGGGGCACUGGGACUGUGCCCACAAUGGGCUCACGCCCCCUGGCCCGAGCGGCACCCACACAACUCCAACGGCCCCACAGAGCGGGCAUCGGCUGACUGCAGGCCACCCUGGGGACUAAGACCUACGUACCCCAUGUGA